AUGAAAAAUUUAAUGAAAUGUUUUCAAAAAUAUUGUAUCGAAUCCGUUAAUGAAUUAACACAGAAUGAAGUCAUGGAUCUUACUCUGUCUUCAGAGUUCAUUCUAAGAUAUACAGAUGAGGAUGAACACAUUUGUACUCACCAACAAUGGGAUAACAAGCUAGAAAGCUUAUCGGAACUGGAGGAGGAUCCAUUUUUGAAAAAAGUUGAAACUUUGCCAAACUUAAGAAUACAUGAAUACGUUCAUCCAUCCCGUUCUAAAGAAGGCUCUGUGAAGUUUUCGAAUAUUCAAAGCUCAACAAAACAAGAGGGAUGUGCAGAUCAUUCGGAUGGUAUUGCGUACAUUACUACGGAAAAGCAAUACGAAAUAUGUGUCAUAAAGGGAUCUAGACCAUAUGUUAUUGAUGACAAGAAAGAAAUGUCAGAUUUUGUUCAAAACGCAAGGGUAGAAAAAGACAUAAUAAAUUACACUGUUGUGUCGAAUUGA